AUGGAGGUGAGCUCCGGAGACACCUGCCGGCCCCGUCACCCCCAAGGCCUGAGGGAGGGACCUGAGCCGAAGGUGGCGUUCCGGGGAGGUGCGAACCGGUGCUGGAACCUGAGCGUGGACACCAGCAGUCGGCUGUCCGACGUGUUCAACAGCAUGAUGCUGACGGGCUCCACGUCCUUCUACGACUGCUACAAACCCCAGAAUGAAGACAAUGUAGACCUAAGACAGAGCUGCACUCCACUCUGCUCAUCAACAGAGCACGCGAGCUCCAUAGACUCCUCACUCUUCUACGCGCCGUGGUCUACUUACGGAGACGAUAUUAAACAACCUUCUAGUUCUCAGAUCAGUGUAAAGAACAGGAUUCAGACCGAAAGAAAUGACUAUGGCAGUGAAACAGACUUAUAUGGACUUGUGUCUAACAUUUUGGAAGAACAGGAUAAGUCACAGCCAUAUUUUGCUGAAGGGACCUGCUCCUCCAAUUUAAAGUCAGUAUGGCCAAUGAACACAAGCAGAUUUGUAGAUCACCAUGACCUCUUAACAGAAACCAAAAGGCCAAUAGAUACAACUAUCUCUCAGCAAGCUUUUUAUAGUGGUGAAUCUGUGUCAGCAGUGGAAAAGCAAUACUUGCAUAAUAAUAAUCUCACACCACAACAAAAAAUAGAUGAACUUUAUCAUGGAUAUACCGGUUUAGACCUUGAAGAACAAUGGUUGUACCUCUCAAGAAGUGAUCAUUCUAAUUGUUACAAUAUUCAGACAAAUGAUACAGUUAAGGCAACUUUCCAAGAAUAUCCAUUUAUCAAAAACUGUUUUACACCACAAACAGGUCUGUCUGAUAUCAUGAAAGAAUCAGGAAUUGAUACUUACUCUUAUGGAAGAGAGAAAAUAUGUACUAAAGGUCUUGAAACACCAUUACAAUAUAAAAGGGCAGAGAUAUUUCUUUCCCAAUUCAAUAGAUAUAAUGAAAAUGCUGAUUAUUGUAGAUACCCAGAAUAUGCUCAUCCUAAUAAGGCAAAGCUUAACAAAUGUUCAAAUUUUAGUGUUCAAGAUGGUAAAAAAUUAGCCAAUGGUACACCUGAAACACCAACUGUGGAAGCAGAUGCCUAUACAAAGUUAUUUCAAGUUAAACCAGCAAAUCAGAAAAAAAUGGAGGAGACAAUACCUGACCAACAGAAUUUUUCAUUUCCGAAAACAACACCACAUCUGAGAAAACAGUUUGCAAAGGAAGCAGCAUUCACUGCUGAUUUUGUAAAAUCAGAAUAUGGACUAAAGCCUCACACAGCUUGUCCAGCUAAUAAUGAUUUUGGUAAUGUCACUGAAAAACAACAGUUUGCUAAGCCUGAUCCUCUAAACUCUGAAUAUUUUAAAUCAGUGAAUUUAUUCUCAAAUUCAGCAACAUCUUCAGGAGGUAUCAGCUUAAACAGACCAACUUGGAUGAAUGUUCAAACAAAAAAUAACCUUCCUAUUCCUUAUCGAAAUCAAGGUAACUUGAUGAAAUUAAAUAGUCAUUUAAGUGCAGCUUCAAAAGGUUCUAGCCAUUCUUCAGAUUUCCCCCAACUAUCAUCUACAAAUUUAACCUCAAAUAACAAUUUAUUUCAGAAGUAUUGCCAAGAAAACCCUUCAGCAUUUUCUAGUUUUGAUUUUAGUUACAAUGGUGCAGAAAGAAUUCAAUCUGUGAAUCACAUGGAAGGACUAACAAAAACUGGAGAAGACAAUCUCUUUGAAUCGGUUACAGAGAAAAAAAUAAAGCAGCCGAAUGGAUUUUGUGAUAGCUAUUCAGCGUCACAGUACGGGAUAAUAGAAAAUGUAAACAAGCAUAAUUUUCAAGCCAAGCCCCAAAGUGGACAUUAUGAUCCUGAAGACAUCCCAAAGCAUUUUGAUGGGUUACCACAAAAUGCAUAUCAAGAUCUGUUAGAGUCACAGGGUCAUUUUAAUAGCCACAGACAAGGAAGUGGAGACAGCAAUAUAAAUAGCCGUGUGAAUCGCACACAGGCCUCAUGCUUUUCUAAUAAUUAUAUGAUGGGAGAUUUACAACAUAAUCAGGGGUUUCAACAACUUGGUUCAAAUGGGUUUCCCCUAAGAUCUACCCACCCAUUUGGCCACUCAGUUGUUCCACUGUUGGAUUCCUAUGAUUUGUUUUCUUAUGAUGACUUAAGCCAUUUAUAUCCUUAUUUUAAUGAUAUGAUGUAUGGUGAUAAUUCCUUUUCUGGUUUUGUGCCAACGUUUGGAUUUCAAAGACCAAUUAAAACCCGCAGUGGACCAGCUAGUGAACUUCAUAUUCGUCUAGAAGAGUGCUAUGAACAGUGGAGAGCAUUGGAAAAAGAGAGGAAAAAGACUGAAUUAGCCCUUGCCAAGAAUUAUCCAGGAAAAAAAGUAUCCAGUACUAAUAAUACUCCAAUUCCAAGACUGACUUCCAACCCAUCUAGAGUUGAUCGCUUAAUUGUGGAUGAACUUCGAGAACAAGCCAGAGUUGUGACUUUACUAGGCAAAAUGGAACGUCUUCGAAGCUCUCCCCUUCAUGCUAAUAUCUCUACCGCACUGGAUAGACACUUGGAAUCAAUUCACAUUGUACAGUCACGAAGAAAGGAUGAAAUUGUUAAUGCUUCAAAUAGACAAAGACAAGGAGUGCCUAGGUGCCAAGAUGACAGAGGUAUUUUUGCUCUUGCUACAGCAAUAAAAGAGAUGUGUGUAGCUACUCGGAAAGCACGCACUACCCUAUGGUGUGCACUGCAGAUGACCUUGCCAAAAACAGCAAGUACAUCGGGCCAAGCUGACAUGGAAAAGGCCUUCCAAGAUCUAGUAAACUGUGAAGAUAAAGUCCAUGAAAGCAUAAAUAGUAGCAAUCCAAUGAACCAGAGAGGUGAAACAAAUAAACAUUAG